UAAACAACAAACACAAUGAUAUAUAUAAAAACUCUCUCAAUCCCCAUUUGGUCUUAGCAAAGACCUAGGGAAGGCCAUAUUCUCCAAAAUGAACUUCUAUAACCCCACUCAAAAGAAAUCUCUUUUCAAACAAAAGAGCUUCUCUAUCUCUAUUCGCUCCCCUAGAUUCCUCCUCUCUUGUUUUACCUCCACCUUCAUCACUCUCCUCAUCAUUUUCCAAAUUCAAACCUUAAAGACAUCAUUCUCAUUGAACUCUUCUUACCAACACAUCUCCUUCUUGCCUUUAAAGGAUCUUCGCUUCGCCGAUAAACCGAUGGAUGGCCACACAUGGUUCAUGAGCUCUAUGAAUGAUACUAGAGAAGACGGUGGACCGGAACACGUAUAUUUUCCUUCCGAGGCUUCCGACGGUCAGCUUUUAUGCCUUUCCGGUAGAAGCAUCUCCAAUGGAACAAAGAAUUUCUAUGGAUUUAUUUCCCCGGUGUCUCUCACCAGCGAUAUCGACCUACUCAAUGGCCUCACUUUCAUCUCCGACACAUAUUACGACUACGAUAAUCUUUGGCAUGGUAUGUCCGCAAUGAUUCCUUUCAUUUCAUGGCAUCAAAGCAAGUCAUGCAUGUUACCUAAUAGGUGGCUACUCUACCGCCGUGGAGAAUUAAGGAAGAGGAUAAGUCCUUGGUUGAAAGAGCUAUUGAUAGCUAUCUUCCAACCAAAAUCACUAGUAAUUGAAGAAUUCAAUGGAAGGAAAACAACUAGUUGUUUGGAGAAGGCAGUGGUGUUCAGAAGGAAUCAAGGAUCAAUGUCAAAGGAAAAAAAGGAGCAAGUGUAUGACUUGAUAAGGUGCAAGGCAAGAGCUUAUUGUGGAAUCAAGAAAGAUGACAUUGAUGAAGAGAAAGUGAUUGUAAGAUUGACAUUGCUUCUCAGACUAGGGAAGAGAUCAUUCAAGGAUGAUAAUGCAGUUAUUAGCAUCUUCGAAAAGGCGUGCCUCAAAGUCGAAGAUUGCCGACUACGGGUUGCUCGGCCUAAUAAUCUUACCUUUUGUGAUCAGGUGAAAUUGAUGAGUGAAACAGAUGUAUUAGCAACACCGCAUGGAGCUCAACUCACAAAUAUGAUUUUCAUGGAUAAGAAUAGCAGUGUAAUGGAAUUUUUUCCGAAAGGAUGGAAGGAGUUGGCCGGAGUUGGACAGUAUGUAUUCCGAUGGAUUGCCGAGUCAUCGGGUAUAAAUCACACCGGCCAAUGGAAUGAUCCUAACGGCGAGCGGUGCCCGGAGAGUAAUCCUUCUCGGUGCUUUCCUUUCUAUAAAGAUAAGCAGAUUGGGUAUAAUGAGUCAUUCUUCUCUGCUUGGACUGCUUCUGUUCUCAAUGAAAUGAAGGAGCAAAAGCUAGCAAAGAAUCAAGCAAAGAUCACACCAUCUUAUGCUUGUGCUUGUUGAUAGUUAAUUAUUAUAUAAUUGGAUUUUAAGUAUAUCAAUUUCUAUGUUUUUGGAUACCAAACCAUGCAUGUAGGAUCUCUUGAUCUCUCAGAAAUGAGAAACUGAAAUAUGAUUGAUAUGUACAUGUACAGAUUUAAUAACCAGUAAA